AUGAAGCUGGGGGCGCAUGCUCGAGGUCCUGCGCUUCUGGUUUCCCCAAGGAACCUGUGCAACUGGGAGGUCAAGGACACCGAGCCCGCAGUGGUGGUGCCGACGGGCUCAAGCUCGGGCUCGGGCUCGAAGCUGGGGUCAAAGUGCAACUCCAAGACCGCCUCGAAGGAGAGCAUCUCGGCGGCCCCAUCGAUAGCAUCCACUUCUGCCUCUGCCUCUGUCUCUGCCUUAGCUGGUGCCUCUACUUCUACUUCUGCUUCUACUUCUACUGCUGAGACGAGAGGCAUCACCGCCAGAGGGUUCGACCAGAUCAGCGCCAAGUUCACCGGGACGUCAGUCCGCAUCACCCCCGGGCAGCACAACCUCGGCAUAUUCAUCACCCUCUCCAAGAGAGACAACGAGGAGUACCGUCUCACCCACCCGGACGCCCAUCUCGGCGGCCUCCUGCGCGGCGGCCUCAAGGCACAGCACCGCGUCGUCGGAGCGGUGUUUCGCUACAACCCGGACGACGACCGCAUAUCCCGCAUCAAGGACGUGCCCGCGUCAGACUUGCUGGCCGAGAUAUCGGGCUCAUGGCACGACCAGAUCUACUUCAACCUCCCCGCCUCCCCCAAGGAUAAACACCUCCUCAUAGACGUCGCCCCUCUCUUCCCAGCGGGCAAGAUCACCCCGCCGACGGAAAAACAGCUCGCAUACGAGUCCCGUCGGCUCUGGGCUGACAUCACCGCCGCCAUCAACUCAAAGCAGUACUCCCUCGCCACCCGGCUAAAGCACGAGCUCGAAGAGUCCCAGCGCUCCAAGGCCGCCCAGCGCAAGGAGAACAACCUCCAGUGGACGCCCAGGUUCUUCACCGUCACAGAGCAGCAUAUCCAGCCCGGAAGGCCCCAUCUCACCGACGACGGACGGCAGGCCCUCGACAACCUGCACCACGACGUCUUUGACCUCAACGAGAAGCUCGCUUCCCCCGGCGAGUCCCAACGUUGA